AUGAUCUGGAAAAAACGUCAGGAGAAGACUGACUUUAUGCCAGACGGACGGCCCAAACGCUGGAAGCAGCAUUUCUUUGAUGCCCUCACCCGCACCAUUGAGAACAAGGUCCAGGGCUGUGCUGUGGAUGGGGAGAAUGAGAAGAAUCGGCUAGUACGACACAAUGAGGCCAUCCGGCAACAUGCGCUCACAGAUCUGCGUAUUGCCAAGAAUAUUUGUCCAACCGUUUUUCCGCCCGACUACAAUGUCUUCGAUCGUUUUGUGGAGAUCUAUCACGAUGCGAUUGGCGCUCACCUGGAGACACUAAUCAACAAUGGCCUAAACGACACGGAGAUUGUUCAGCUUCUCGGUUGGAUCAAUGCCUAUCAGUGA